AUGAGCUACACAAUCCUACUUUCUGGAGACCGGGUCAACUUCACCACGGUCUCCUUUGACGCAAACCGGAAGAAGCUCACAGUGACCGCGAAUUACCCAAGCCCAUUCAAUGCGUCAUGGGUUGAGCCUUCAUCUUCGCUCGGACCCAUUGACCGGCUGAUCGGGCUGUCGGAAGGCAUCGAAUCCGGUAGCUUGUAUACGUUCGAAAUUGACCACCAGCAACAGACAUGUAAAAUAACGAGUUUGAAGACAACUCUAGGCGCACCUGCCCACUUCAUCACACUGCAGGAUAAAUCUGCACUGGCCCUGGGGACUUACCUAGGAGGCUCUGUUGCCCUAUAUCCCAUUUCUAUCACCGAAAAGGCCGGUCUGCUGCUGGCAGAUACACCGCGAACCGAAACUUUCCCAGAAUUCCCCUACAAGGCGCUUGGUCGCGGUCCGAACGAGGGUCGACAACGGCAAUGCCACGUGCACCAAGUACUCGAGGAUAAGAGAGGCUUCCUUUAUGCCCCGGACCUAGGUGCAGACCGCGUGUGGGUUCUUAAGGGGGAUCAGACGAAACUCGACAUCUGUGGCUGGCUUCAGUGCCCCCCAGGAACCGGAGCUCGACAUGCCGUCUUCGGCUCUGAAGAAAAAAUCAUGUACGUGAUCGGAGAGUUGUCGCAUACGAUCAUAGCCUUCGAUCUAUCCACAUCCCCCGAAGAGAACACUCAGCCAAUUGACGGCUUUGUACAUAACAUCAUCCCUCCCCAUGUUCAUCCUGACUAUCAUUUCAUGAUGGACUCUUCAGAGUUGUGUGUACACCCCAAGAUUCCCAACAUAUUGUACGCAAGCAAUAGAUGGGAGAGGCACAUUAAGGAACGUCAGCCUGACCUCAAAACUGUCCCCGAGGUCCCUGACGGGGAUUCCGUCGCCAUCUUGUUGCUCUCAGCUGAUGGUAGGAGAUUGGAGGAAAUGAAACAUGUUAGAACUAAGGUCGAUACUAUUCGUGGCAUGAGGCUUAGCGACGACGGCAAAUAUGUUGUGGUGCUCGGGCAAGAAGGUGGUGGCAUCGAAGUGUAUGCUAUCAAUGGGGAGAGAGGAGACACUUGGAAAUUAGUGGCUAGCUUAGAUGAAGGGUUAGAAGGCGGUAUCAAGCAUGCUGUCUGGUUAUAA